AUGGCCCCUUUACACGACACUCACAGUCAUGCGCAUGAAGAAGACGUGCCUGGCACAUUCAAUCUCCAGGCCGAAGAGGGAGCCGAGACUGGUUACGGCCAGGCAUUGUUCCCAGUCCCCAGUGCCGAUCCCAAUGACCCGUUACAAUGGUCGUACUUCAAGAAGGCAAUGAUACUCGCGAUUGUUUCUCUAUACUCUUUCUUGGCCAACACUUCUCUCCUGGGACCUGCCGUUUAUAUUGGAAUCUUCAUCGAAACCUUCGGAGUGGACCAAACAGCAGCGUCCGGCUUGAUCAGCUAUCCAAACUUGUCAUUUGGAUUUGGUGCCCUUCUCCUAGUUCCCCUCUUCAUUAAGAUCGGUCGCCGACCAGUCCUGAUUCUGUCCAUGCUGCUGUAUUGUGGUGGACUACUGGGCUGCGCGUUGUCCAACUCAUAUGGCUCUUUGAUGGCAUGUCGGGUCAUUCACACCCUGGGCUCGGGCAUUUGUGAGGUGAUUCCUAUUCAACUGGUCAACGACAUCUUCUUUAUUCACGAGCGUGGUAAAAAGCUCGGGUGGUACACAGUCUGCCUUUGCCUUGGUUCCACGGCACCCCUGUACGCUGGAUAUAUGCUUGCUGGAGGCUAUGAAUGGAGACUUUUCUUUUGGGUCGAAUUCGCCUUUGGCUGCGCCCUGCUCGUCCUCACCUUUAUCUUUGUUGAAGAGACUCGCUAUCACCGGGUCCUUCCCGCCGACCCUGCUACAUCAUCAGUCGAUGUGGAUGGAAAAGAGGACGUCAAACACAUUCGAGAUGUCGAAGAGAUGCAGAUUCCGCCGAGGAAAACCCGCAUGCAACAGCUGAGUCUGUGGAGCGGUAUUGAUCACAAUGCUCACUUUUUCAAGAUUGCGCUCCGCUCGUUCACAUACUACCUGGUCCCUGUGGCGCUUUGGGUCAACACAACAUACGGAAUUUACAUUGGCCUUGGUGCCCUCACAUUCAACUAUACCUUUCCCAUGAAGAUUGUCCAACCUCCCUACAAUUGGAGUCCGACAAAUUCUGGUUUAAUUGCUGUCGCAUCUGCGAUCGGGUUUUUCCUCGCGAUUCCUCUGACCCCGAGUUCCGAUAUCCUCGCAGCCCGACUUACCAAGAAGAAUGGUUUCAUUCGAGAGGCCGAAAUGAGACUUGGAGCCCUUCUUCCACCCAUGAUCAUUGCUCCUCUCGGGCUGGUAGUAUACGGUCUGACUGCCGAGUACGAUCUUCACUGGAUCGGCUACUUCUUUGGCGUCGCCAUGUGCCAGUGGGGAGCCUACUUCUAUUUCACUUUCACGAUGGCCUACGCAAUCGAUUCCUAUUCCGCUAAUUUGCCUGAGCUGUUGAUUGCCACAAAUUUGGGCAAGUCAGCAAUCUCGUUCGGUAUGGGUUAUGGUGUGCUCGACUGGAUCCUGGAACGCGGAUAUGCACGUGUGAUAUCAGGAAUCUACAUGGCUGUGAUGCUGGUCAACAAUCUGGUCGUCAUCAUCUUCAUGAUCUGGGGCAAGCGUAUCAGAAUCUUCAUGGCCAACAGUUGGGUUGGUCGAUUGCAUACCAAGUCGGCAUAGGUGAACAACUGGCGGGGCAGUGGCUAUUAGGUGUUACGUCUCCAUACCCAAGACUGAAAGAUUCGGAAUGCGGCGAUGGAUUGAUGGUACCGUCACGAUAAUAUUGUCUAUUACAAUGGCCCCAACGAACAAAUUACCAUUACUAUGCUGUGAAGCUGCCGAGACCCCUCAUUGCUUUGUAACAUCCUUCCUUCGCAUCGAGUUAGGAUCGAUAAAUGAAGACUUGGGUCUAAUACGUAGCUGGGUUGAGC